AUGGCUGCAGCAUCCGAGUCGACGCGUUUGACUCUGGUGGAGCUCCCUGUGGAUGUGCUUGGUGCGGUGGCAGUGUACCUGCCGCCGGACGGCCUAGUGGCGCUGAUGGGCACAUGCGGGACGAUCCGACGGGCACUGAUGCACGACGCGCUGGUGUGGCGGGUGCGCUUUGAUGUGGCUGACUACAUGGCGUUUGCGCGCGGGCUGUGCGCCCCGCCGGGCACGGUGGUGGCGAUCUCGUCAUCGCGCGGCGGCUACGCCUCGGUGGGCCUGUUCGAUUUGGCGUUGGUGGUCCCGGGCGCAAGCGACUGUGACUGUCUGAGUAGUAGCGAUGCGAGCAGCAUCAAGUGGGCCCGGGCGUCACACGCGGUGGCGGACGCACGAGAGAUGAUCGCCAUGCUUGAAGCGAGCGGGGUGGCAUCUGCGAGUGCGGCCCACGCUGUGGUCGCCUUUCACGACCAUGUGCGUGGGGCGACUUAUGUGACGCCAAUGCCGGCCCAUUUGGGCGCGCGCAUGAUUGCGGCAGCCGCCGCGGUGGGCAUCUUUGUGCCCGGAUCGAUCUACGGUAUUGCUGAUGUGGAUGGCGACGACGAUCCGCUGCAGCUCGGCCUGGACACGCUAGGGGUGGUGCCUGGCGAGUCACUGGUGGCGGCCAGCCGCGGCCGGUACGGCUGCAGCUCGGCCGGCAUAGGCUCUGCAUCACAGACAACGCAGUUUAGGUGGCGAUUUGUCCUCCUCGCCCUGAUGGCGCAAGCCAAGACCGGGGCGCUGUCGGACUACCCGCAGCUUGCCGAUGCCAUCCUGCCGCCGAUGGCGAUGUUCUCGUCGACGCCGUCAGCGCGUGUGCAAGAGCAGCUUGACGAUCUCAUCAAGGCAUCCAAGUUUGUCGACUUUGUGCAGAGCGGGAGAGAGUCCGAUGGCGUCACCAGCAAGCCAAUCUAUGAGUUCUACGGGGCCAUCCCGCCGCCGCCGUCGCGGAGCUCGGGCUGGCUGGCCGCUGCGGCCGACGGAGCCGGUGAUGUCGCGCUCCCACCGUACGCGCUGACGGGCGGAGCAUCCCCGCCGAUGGAGCCGCCGCUUGUCCUCGAGCCCGGAUCAGACGAGGAUGUGCGGGCGAGGCGGGCGGCGGCACUGGCGGCGCGGAUCCUGGGCGAGGCACUGGCGGCGGUGGAGGACGGAUCGGUGGCGACCAGCGCCGAGGUCGAUGCUCUGGUUGUCGACGCCGCCGUCGCCGCCGGCGCCUAUCCCUCGCCGCUCAACUACUCGGGCUUCCCGGCCGCUGUCUGCGUCUCGCCGAACGAGAUCCUCUGCCACGGCAUCCCGAACACCGCGCCCUUCCUCCCGGCCGACGUCGUCUCCAUCGACGUCUCGGUCUACCUCGAUGGCUUCCACGGCGACACUGCCGACGCCGCCAUCGUCCCGGCGCCCGACGGUACGCCGACGCCGGCCUCAUGCGCCGACCUGGUAGCUGCCGCCCGCGGCGCCCUUCACGCAGGCAUUGCCGCCGCAGGCCCGGGCGUCCCGCUCGCCGCUAUCGGCGCCGCUAUCGCCGGCUACGUCGCCGCCAAGGGCCUCUCGGUCUCGCCGGACUUUUGCGGGCAUGGCAUCGGCAGGCACUUCCACACCCUGCCGUUUGUUGUCCACGACUUUAACUACGAGGAGCUGAUUCUCGAGUCCGGCAUGGUCUUCACCAUCGAGCCUAUCGUUGCCGAGGGCGACGCCUCGACCUUUGAUCUGUGGGACGAUGGGUGGACCGCCGUCACGCCCGACGGCUCGUGGUCGGCCCAGGCUGAGCAUACCAUCCUCAUCACCGAUUCGGGUGUCGACAUCCUCACCGCUCGCCCAUCGACGCAGCAAGCGCAAUAA